CCCCGCGGAGCCUGGAGCCCAGCGGGGGCCGUCGGCUCAGCACCCAGAAGGAUGUGCCCGACAGGCAGAGAGCCUCCCUGGGCAGCCGUGUGCCCAAAUCUGCCUCCGUCUCAGCCCUGUCCCUCAUCAUCACCUCAGAUGACUUUGGUGGCAGCGCCCUGAUGAGCCCCAUCUCCCCUCACUCCCUCUCGUCCAACCCCUCUUCCCGGGACUCCUCCCCGAGCCGAGACUCCUCCCUGGCCAUCGCCAGCCUGCGGCCACCCAUCAUCAUCCACAGCUCGGGGAAGAAGUACGGCUUCACCCUGCGCGCCAUCCGCGUCUACAUGGGCGACAGCGACGUCUACACUGUCCACCACAUGGUCUGGAGCGUGGAAGAGGGGAGCCCUGCGCAGGAGGCCGGGCUGAGGGCAGGAGAUCUCAUCACACACGUGAACGGAGAGUCCGUGCUGGGUUUGGUCCAUCGGGACGUGGUGGAGCUGCUGCUGAAGAGUGGGAAUAAAGUGGCCCUGCGGACCACUGCCCUGGAAAACACCUCCAUUAAAAUCGGUCCUGCAAGGAAAAACAGCUCCAAGACAAGGAUGGCACGGAGGAGUAAAAAGAGCAGGAAAAGGGAUGGCCAAGACAGCAGGAGAAAAUCCCUUUUCAAGAAGAUCUCCAAGCAGUCGUCGGUGCUGCACACCAGCCGCAGCUUCUCCUCCGGUCUCCACCACUCCCUGUCCUCCAGCGAGAGCCUCCCGGAGUCCCCCACGCACAGCCUGUUCUGUGCGGCACAUCCAUGAGAAAAAUGUCCCCGGAGCCACUCUGGACCCUGGCCGGGCCGGCUGUGCCCCGGCACUUGGCCCCCCUGGAAGGCUUUUUGUACUCCCUGAAAGAUGCUCAUAUUUUUAUAGAGACGCAGGAGCUUUUCCGGCAGCGGCGUUUCCCCAGCUGGGCCCCAACCUCUGUGUACAGAAAAGGACUCGAUGCAAAUAUUCCUUAAUUAAUUUAUUACUUUUUAUAAGCUAAACGGGCAGUGCAGGACUGUCGCAGGGGCCAACCCAGCUCUGGGAGUCCCAGCCUUUCCCGUGCGUCUCCCAGCCCACUGUUUUCUAACCCACUUGCUUUUCCCUACUUUUAAACUCCAGUUCUAGCUGGAAACACUCCAAAUCUCCUAAGAACCCCAUAACUCUAAUAUUUAAAAUUAAAACAAAACCCCAAAUCCACAGCAACAUCCCCAAAAUGCUGGGAUGCGGGGGGGAGGGGAAAUAUUCUUUGCAUAUGGAUCAUCAGAUGAUGAACAUAUGGAUAAUUUUAUAAGCUUAUAGGAGGUAUAAAAAGGAUUUAAUUAUUUUAUUUGGAGAUUUUAUAGCCUCCAUUUGGCCCUUCCAGGUGGGGAAAACUGAGACAUUCCCCAGAUGGGAAUAUCAAUGGGACUUUUAGGGUCAGUUUUUGCUCUUUCAAAAAUCCCAUGAUGUUGGUGGGUCAGUGCACAUACACUUACAAAAUCCCAAUUUAAUUUAUCUUUUUUUUUUUUUUUUAAUUGCCCUAACCCAGUGAGCACCUGUGCUGCUCCACUUGUUAUUUGGGAAUUUCACCCCUUUCUUUCCCCCCUCAUUGCUCUCUAUCCAACAAACAACAGCUCAACCCAGCAUUUCUCCCCCGUUUCUACCGUUUUCUGGCCUAUAAACGUUUCCAUUUGUUGAUGCAUGUUCUGGCCUCCCCUCCCCUGCCGUGGUUUGGUGACAGGGGGACAUCCCUGGUUUGCCAACCCCGCUGCCAUCAGGUGUCACCGUUACCCCGGUGGAUUUUUUUGGGCUGCGUGUUGGAUUCUUUUGUGCACGUGUGGUUUGUGCCAGGCUCCGUAUCCCGCUUCUCCCGUUCAACUGGUGCUGUUAAACCCCCCAGAAAUGAGCAACCAGAGCUGCUCCGUGUUUCCUUUGCUUCUCCCUCCUCUCUCUGUAGGAAGGUCUUGGGAAGGCAGCGGGGUUUUGGGGAGACACCGGGCACCCCCUGCCCCCUGGCACGGUGGCAUGGGGGGCUUGGCUGCACACUGGUGGCGUGGGUAAGGUGGGAAGAGGAAUUUUUAAAGUGGGAAAUGUCUUAAAAGCCGAGGGGACUGUGUGUUCCUGCCCAGUGCCCGGCUCUGUUCGUACCUUCGGGAAGUUUUAUGUUGGAUUAAAAUCGUCCCUUGCGCUGA